AUGUCUCUGGGGUGUGUCCCCACACCCUGCACGGCAUUGACUCCCCGUUCAGGCCUCCCGUCCACCGGCAGCGAGCGCCCUUGCUCUCGCUUCUCCAUUUUAGUCUCCCCAAAAUCUGUCCAUCUCGUGUGUUUGGCGGUGAGCGUGUGCCUGGCGGUCAGCGUGUGCCUGGCGGUCAGCGUGUGUUUGUUUGGCGGUGAGCGUGUGCCUGGCGGUAGCGUGUGCCUGGCGGUCAGCGUGUGCCUGGCGGUCAGCGUGUGUUUGUUUGGCGGUGAGCGUGUGCCUGGCGGUGAGCGUGUGCCUGGCGGUGACCGGUCACCGAGGCCGCGCCCCCGCGGGCGAGCCUGCCGCCUGCCCCUCCCGGGAACUAGUGCAGCAUCUCUGUGUCGAGCCGCCGUGGCUCUGAACCGCGUCUGUGAGCAUCUUGGCCAAAUGUGGUCUCCAAGUAGACUGCAGAGUGUCCCAGUGGACAGAUACCAGCGCUCAGGCUCGCCGCAGGACUCUGGGGCAGUUGCAGAGUGGAGUGUGACAGAAUGCCCCACUGGCUGCAGACAGAACCAGGGAAGUACAGGCCACAAGAUCGCCCUGCCAGGUUGCCCUGUCAGAACAGUUAUUGAUGAACACAGCGGGGAGCAGGUCUGCUGUCUCAAUGGGCGUGGCUGGUAUCAGAUCCAAGAAGUUGGCAGAAAUAAUGAACAAGAAAGUGACUAUGAAGAGGAUUUUACCUCAUUUUCUACAUAUUCUCCCACCAUACAGAAGGUAGCAUUUCGUCAUGAAAGCAGACAGACAUGCAGGCAGAGUGUGGGAGGAGCUGAGGCGCAGGAAACAGUACAGGAAACAGAAGAGAAUGCAUCGCGUGCGGAGGCCGAGCACAGCCUAGCAGAGGUUGGCAGUGGGAGUUCUGAGAACGAGUAUGAUGACUUGUAUAUGUUCAUUCCUGGAGACAAUCCGGAAAUCAAUUCACCAGAGCCACUCAUGAGCAACAGACCACCUCUCCCCCCGCCACGACCUGUAGCUGCUGCCUUCCAACUGGAAAAACCUCACUUCACAUUACAAGGGAAAAUGUUGGAAGGCCAAAUGGAAACAAGUGAUCCGGGUGCAAGACAGGAAACAGGAGGUGAACCUAAAGAGGAAGAAGAAAAGAAAGAAGAUGACAAGGAGCAGGAGGAGGAAGAAGAUCCAUACACUUUUGCUGAGAUUGAUGACAGUGAAUAUGAUAUGAUAUUGGCCCACAUGAGUACAAAGAAAAAAAUUGGAAGUCGAUCUUUCAUUAUAAACAGACCUCCUGCCCCUACACCUCGACCUACAAAUAUCCCUCCAAAAGAGGAAACCACACCUUACAUAGCUCAAGUGUUUCAACAAAAGGCAGCCAGAAGACAAUCUGAUGGUGACAAGUUCUAUGGUCCUAAGAGACAAGACAGAGCUGCUCGGGCGGAGAGUCAAGCCUUUUCCACUGCGAGGGGCUGCCUGGCUGUGGGGCAGGAAGAGCUCAUCCUCCUGCAGGAGAAGGUCAAGAAUGGGAAGCUGUCUGUGGACGAAGCUCUGGAGAAAUUUAAACAAUGGCAGAUUGGAAAGACUGGCCUGGAAAUGAUUCAGCAGGAAAAACUACGCCAACUACGAGAUUGUAUUAUUGGGAACAGGCCAGAAGAAGAAAAUGUCUUUGAUAAGCUCACCAUUGUGCACCAUCCAAAUGGUAACGAAAGUGUCCACAAUGAAAAUACGUUACGUAACAUACCCUUCGGCAAUAAGCUUCCUGCUCGACUCCAAGGUGAAAAAGAAUUUGGUUUCUGUUCCAGGAAAGAUCACUAAAGAAGGUUCUUAUAAUGAAAUGCAAGAAUCUGCAGACACUGUGCUUUCUGGAUGAAGCAAGCUUGCAUUUGGAUCGCCUGCUGUCUUCAGGGCAAAUCUAGACUCUGAAAGCAAAAGCGAUCCUCUGGAUUUCAGAAUUUGUUAUUGCCACAAUUUAUUGGCAUUGUACCUGCUUCAGAUGGGUAUAUCGAGAUUAAAAUUGAAUGCCAUAGAGCAAUUGCAUUCUUUGAAAAUUCUUGCAUUUUACAAUGCACUUUGCCACUGAAGCAACGAUGUCCCAUUUUGAAAAUUAAAGGAAAACAAGAGCAGAGGAGUUAAAUGCUCUGUAGCAAAGUUAUUGGGCCUGUUUGAGGCACUAACCUUAAUAGUGUACUCCUCCUGUCCUUGGAGUAACCAUGACAAUACAAAUUUGUUUAGUACGUAUUUGCCUUUCAAGUGGCUGGUCCAUUUUCUGAAUUUCUCACAUUCAAAGCUUCUAAUUAUUAUUGUCACUGCAUGUCUGCAGAAACCUUCCCUUAUUUAGUGCUUAUUUGCAUAUAACCCUUAGAACAUUGUUUUUCUAUCUUUCUGUAUCUCAUUUUAAUAUACAUUUCUAUAACCUGUAUUCCUUAUUAAAAGGCUUAUAAUUUCAUCAACUUAUUUCUUGGAAACAAUUUACUAGCUUAGAAUAGAAUGCAGUUUUAUCGUUCUAUGAUUUCCAUGCACAAUCGCUGCAAAUAAAAUGAAUGUUUAAAGCUAUGUCUGAC